AAAGCGGGCCAUAGACUUCUUCAUCUCCAACUUGCAGUGUUUGACUCGUGCCGUGUUGGCUAAAGUUGGGGUCGACUGCCGCCAAAACAAGCAGAAGAAACAGAAGCUAUGCCGGGAACAGAAUAUGAAGGAAUCCCACGAGGGAAACAAGGGCAUUCUUCUGCAGACUGCAAUCUCUGCAAGGCACCACAAGUGUGAGAACUAUUUGCUUCUUCUCGGUGACAGACCGUUGGGUCUCCACAUCAACUGCUUGAUGUCCGUUAGCUUGCCAAAAGUAGCAAGCAGGAUUCAGGCUACGCCGCACCAUCGCCUGCAGUGGACCCUGUGGGCCGUGUUGAGGCCCAGUCACGGCUCACUUUACGGGGACAACCUUUGCCGGCCCGGGGAAGCUGGACUGCAACCGGUCGUAGUCUCGCGUGGAGAGCAGGGAAGUGGAAAAUCGUGCCACUUUUCGUGCAGUAGACAGGGACGCUAAAGCUGUCGUUGGUGUCUCGAUUCUCCAACAGACUCGAAAGAGCAACAGCUACUACUCCAGUGAACUUCCGAGUCCCGACAGCCGGCAUAAGGGGGCACUUAAGAAGCGUCGCGCGGCCCAGUCAUGAUGCCGCAUUGUGCCCCCAAGUUUGUAAUACUUCUGUUGCUGAAACGCGCUCGACAGUUGAUCCUUUCUGUUUGCGAUCUGAUCUCAGUUACAAAGCUCAAUCGCAGCAAGAAUAAUGAGCCAUCUCGCCAGCGUCCCGUCCCUUCUGGACGUUCUCCCCGUGGAGCCCGCCACCCGAACCGAGGCCGAGGCCCUUCUGUCUGAUUACGUUGUUCUACCCGCGAAGCAAAAGGGCCCGGCUCGAGCUUCUCUCCUGGCAAAGAUCUUCCCUCUCGUAUUUGGCGAAAUUGCCCUUGUUGAGGGCUCUGCUUCGUAUGAGGAGAAUCGGACGCAGCCAUGGUCCACAAACUGCUGGCUUAGCCCAAGCGUAAUCCUUACCCCGAGAAGCACAACUGAAGUCUCCCAAAUCCUAGCCCUAACCCGCUUCAUCGGCGCAACAUUCUCCGUGCGCGGCGGUGGGCGCCUGCACAACCCGACCUUCACAAGCAACGACGGCGGCGUCGUCAUCUUCCUUAGCAAGCUCACGCAGCUCAACCUGGCCGUUGACAAGAAGACCGUCGACAUCGGGCCCGGCCAUCGCUGGCUGGAUGUGUACAAGGGUCUUGAUGCGCACGGGCUGACUGUUGCCGGUGGACGCAUCCCGCAUGUUGGUGUACCGGGGUUGCUUCUGGGCGGUGGGCUGUCGUUUCAGAAUAGUGAACACUCUUUGGGGUGUAUGAAUGUUGUUGAUUAUGAGGUUCGUUCUCUUUCUCGCUUUGGUCCUGGUCGGACUGCUUGCCGUUGGUCGUUUUGCGGUGUUAAAUGGAGUGUAGGUCGUCCUCGCAGACUCAUCAAUCGUCCACGCAAACGCAUCCGAGAACAGCGACCUCUUCUGGGCUCUCAAGGGCGGCGGCACGAACUAUGGUACCUCUCCCUCCCAGCCCCUGCACUCACAUCAACCACGCAAACACAGACUGACAACCAUCCAGGAAUCGUAACAAACUUUCGCAUGUCCACAAUCCCCAACGCCAUCUGGGCCGAAGGCCGCGUCUACCCCGCAACCCCCGAAACAAGCAGCCAGCUUUUCCACGCCCUAAUGGACUACCACAAGCUCAUCGAGUCGGACAACAAGGCGACCCUGAUCUGGCACACGCUCAACCAGACGACGCUGCUGAUUUUCUUUUACUGCGCGCCCGUCGAGAAGCCAGAUGUCUUUGCGCCGUUUUAUGAUAUCCCCUUCCUCAUGAACGUCGUUCCGCCGGCGAAGAGGACGGUGUAUGAGAUGGUUGAUGCCGUUAGCAACAUAUUGGCCGCGGAGCAGUUGAGCCACGACAUGCGCACAACAACAACACUCCCCAGUCUAACUGUCUACGAAGCCGCCGAGAAAGCUCGCUUCCAAGAGAUGGCCAGUCUAUCCGACCUACCCCGCGCAGACCUCACAAUGGUAAUCCAACCCAUGUCCUCUCUCGCCCUAAAAGUCGCCGAGGCGAAGGGCGGGAACCCGCUCGGGCUCGGCGGAGUCGGAGGGCACCAGUGGUUCCUCGUGAUGGCGGACUACGCGGAUACACUCUCGGAAGCCGACGAGGCGCGCGUGCGCGGGUCCGUGAAGCGGAUUGUGGAUAUUGUUGAGGAGACGGCGAAGAGGGAGGGUGUGUAUGUGCCGUACAAGUAUUCGAAUUAUUCUUCGCGGGAUCAGGAUCCGUUGGCGAGUUAUGGGGAGGCGAAUUUGGUGAAGUUGAAGGAGAUUGCGGCGAGGUAUGAUCCUGAGGGCGUUUUCCAGGUUUUGCAGAAUGGGGGGUGGUUGGUUUCGAAGGCUGGGAAGCAGUAGCUUUCGACGGUCGAUGUCUAGAUGAAGGGAGGUGAGUAAGCGGGACGGAGACAUGGACGAGUGCCAGUGAUAGUACAGGUGAUUGAUAUAUGGCCCAAAAAAAUCCGUAUCAAAAUGGAAACCCAAAGCUGGUAUCGCCAGGCCAUGAAGCGUAUGUUUUGAGAUGAAGCAUAACGCGACCAGAAGAAAAAAAAGAGAUAAAAAAUGGAAAUAUUCUAGAAAUCAUUGAGGAGAGUCAUCAGUCGUAUCACGAUUACCGUCGAAUAACGCCCUUAGAUAGGCCCGCCCUCAUGCGGCCGUCCGCCAGGAGCGAUUGUGAGAGACUCCGGGUGUAUCGGACCCGGCUCCGGGGUCGUCGCCUGGGUUCGCGAUUGAUACGCCAUUCCCGGCUCAUACGUAGGAAGGUGGCCGCUUACUCCUGGGUUGUUCGUUCGUGCGUAGCCCUCCUGCAUCUCGUACCCAUUCGCUACAUCCUCUUCACUCGACGACGAGUACGUAUCGCCAUGUGCUCGUCGGGGAUACACAUUCGUGACGUAGGGAUGCGGCGGCGGGUAAGUUGACGUGAAUCCCGCUUCCGUGUUGUCGGACGGGUCCGGUCGGUGCAAGCGCUCCUGCGCCGGGUUCCGGAGUGCAUCGGUGCUUUCACCGGCUCCUUCGUAGCGCACUGCGUCUGGGUAUGUGGGCGUUGUUCCCCAUGAUCGGAUUGGGUGGGCGCGGCCCUUCUUCCAGGGUUCGGCGAGCGAUGGGAAGUACUGGCGGUAGGAGAGGGAGGCGCAGAUUAUGCCUAGAAGGGAGCCGGUGAUCACGUCGAAGGGGUGGUGGCGGGCGUCCAUGAUGCGAGAGACGGCAAUGAGUGUUGCGCCCAGGCAUGGAAGCAUAACGAGGAACAGCUUCCAGACCUCGCCCUUGUUGUCCAUGAUAUGUAGCUUGCCUCCAACCCAGAGCGAUAGGUAGAAUAGACCCGCAAAGGAGG